AUGUAUCCCACCGAAUUUGAAAACUCGAGUGAGCAGGUCGACAUACCGCGCGACUUGUAUGGGCAGCCGUUGCGUGGUACGCUACGGUACCGCUUGCCUCUCAAAUACGGCUCAUCUUUUCUCGCCUUGCACCACGCGCCCGCUGCUCACUGGAGAGGCCCCGGCCCCGGAAACCCCGGCCGUCAAAUCUACAGCGUCUGUCGCACCCUGGGCGACCGCGCUUGUUACUGCUCUGGAUGCGCGCCGCAGAACUGCUGGGGCUCGACGGUCGUGCGCGCCUCGUACCAAGAUGACGAGAAAUUCGAGCGCGCCGUGGCCGCUAUCCGUCGUCUGGCGCUCGUCACUGUCGACUAUGACGAGUCCCUACCUCGAGGUGAAGAGGCUUCACCUUGCGUCAAGCGGGCGAAACUCGCAGCAGAGCCUGAGGAGGAGCUUGAUGAAGGUCGCGUGUUGGCUGACAGAACCAAUGAAAUGAAUUGGUUGCAGCUUGUCAACGACGUGCAAGCCCGGCAGUCUGACCCGACAGAGGCACUCACAACGGACCAGAUCGUCAGCGAGGAAUUCAAGUACCGGUUCCAUACCACGGUCAUCCAGGACAAGGACCUGCUCGAUCAUGCAGAACCCGAAAAGGCUGAGGAGUACUUUCAGGCCAAAGGCUGGGAGGAGCGCGAGUCGUGCGCUCGCUCGGCUUUCUUCAUGUACCUCGACGAUGAGACGAUUGACCACUUAGCCGGCGCUCCCGACGAUCAGGCACUCGCUAGGAUGACCAUCGAUGAGCGCUGCCGCAUUGCAUGGAACUACUGGGUCAAGAUUGUGGAGCCGAUGGCCCCGGAAAUUGAGGACGAUGAGAGCGGUGAUUUGGACAGGGAGGCGUUCUUGGAAGUCGAGGACAGCCAGGGACGCAGGAGCCGAAAGAGACGCAUCCGUCUCCUCUGUCUCCUCUCGCUUUAUCUGGCUUCGAAGGACUACUCGUUCGACGAGAUUCCCAAUGAAGGAGCCGACUGCACACGGUAUGCGAACCCUCAGGACGAGACGAAGGCUUGGUGCUUCGUCUCGGGCAUAUCAUGCGAGACGCCGCCCAUGAUUCACGGCUGGCUCACUGAGAUAUACGGCUACAAAGAGAGGAAAACUAUGCCGCAAACCCCGUACAGGCCUGAAACGCCAGCUUUUCUUGAGGAUCUUCGCAUCUGGAGAGAGAACCGCGCUAGGAAAAAGGCUGAGGCCGCGCUGACCAGACCGCCUGCUCCCGAGUCGUCCUUUGCUGUCUUUCGCCAUCUGCUGCAGCCGCAUUGGGAGAGAACAGGCCCCUUGAAGCCAGACCGAAGGAUUCGGCAAUAUUUUGCAACAAUGAAUGACAAUUUUGUCUACUGUGCCGACUGCAAGCCACAAAACUGCUGGGGCUCGACCAUCGUGCGAGCCACGUACAGAGAGGGCAACGAUGCGCGGUUCAAACGGGCCGUCGCGGCCAUCCGCCGGCUGACACUCGUUUCGGUAGACUAUGACGAUGAAGCGCCACACCUGGAUUCUCGUGAUGAGAAUGUGCCUGUACCUCGACGAAGGCUGGUUUGCGAAAACGAAGUGGAUCAGCAGACCCUCGAGACUCACUGGCGAGAAGCCGCCCGUGAGAUCCGGCAGCGGGGCCCGCCCAGAUAUCUGAAGACGGAUCAGAUACUGAGCGAAGAGUUCAGGUACCGGUUUCACAACAUCGUGGUCGAAGACCAGACUUUGCUCGGUGGAGGUGAUGUCAAACAGGCACGCCUAUUCUAUCGCGAGUCUGGAGCUAUGGCGCGCGAGAAUCAUCCAAACCUGCGCAGUAAAUUCUUCAUCUUUCUGGACGAAGAAACUCUGAAUCACCUCUCAGAUGUUCCUAGUGACGAUGAACUUGAUACGAUGACGCUCGAAGAAAGGUGUCGCAUCGCUUCUCGUCAUUGGGUUAAGGUUGUUAGCCCCUUGGCCGAGGAUCUCGUCAAGACUGAGGACGACACGAAGCAAGCAGCUGGUAGGAGGAGAAUUCGCCUGAUUAAUAUUCUCCCAGUCUAUAUGAGGCUUUUGGCUGUCACCGGACUAGAGGAAGUCAAGUUGGAGGAGGUUGCUCGUGAGGAUGAGACCGAGGGCCUCGCCAAACAGUGGUGUCUGAUCGAGGGCUAUGAUGCUCUUCUAGAAGAGGACAUUGCUUAA